GUCAGUCCACUUGGGAUAUUGGAUAGUACGUCGUCUGAGGAGCUUAUGUCUGUGAUACUCGUAUUUGAAGACGACGAAAGGGUGUUUUUGUUCUCCCUUUGUUAAAUGUAGCCAGUGUUGGGGGGUUCUAGUGAGCUGGUAUUGCAUUCAGUUGUGGAACAAGGAAAAAAAUCGAGCAUUGAACCAUUUAGGAACGUGGUGGUACGUCGACAGCAAGAUAGAAGUGCAUACAGAACUUCCGUGCGUUUUGCAUUUGAUCACAGUACAUUUUCCAGCCAAUAAAUAAUCACACGAAGAGUUCAAGGAGUCUUCAUCUAUAUGAAAGCAUCAUUGAAACUUCAUGCUACUGACUUUGCUGCAACUAGCUUCAUGACCACUGUAAAACAGACACUUUUCAGUGGUUUAUUUCCUGCCUAAUGUAAUCAUUGCAAAUUUAUUUAAAGACAUUUUUAAACACCAACACAUUAAAUGGAGGAAUAAUUUGGCAUGAUGUGCCCUGAGAUGGUGUGGGUGAGAAACUACGCCAUUAACACACCUUCUGCAUGGACCAGUUGAGAUUACUAACACCUGAGAGUUAGGAUAUCAGAAUUGCAGAAAUGAACAAAGAUGGAGCAUUUGUAACAGAGGCAGAGGUCUACCUAGACAUUGAUGGCGAGGAGGAGUCUAAAAUGCAGAAUGAGGCACUUGAUGGGGAGAGAAAAGGCAGUUCAGGUUCUUGGUCUAAUUCAGGGUCUUCCUCUGCAGCUUUAGAUCUACAUAAAGGCACUUCAUCCGAGCCGCAUGCAUUGCUGCAGAAUACUCAGCAAAAUAACAAGUCCCCUCUAUUUGGAAUUUUACGUCUAGGUUCAUCAGAAAAGGAAGUUGGCUCUAGUUCAGCAGGUUGCUCUGUGCCUGUAGUAGGGUUGGAAUCUGGAAGUGCAUUGCCAGGGAAUUUAUUAACACAGACAAACAGGAAAAAAAAUUCCAACAAAAAUAUGUCUAAUCCACAUAAUCAGCAUAAUGAUAAAAGCAGCAGUGAUGAAGAAAUUGAUGUAGAUACACCAUACCAUGGAACACUGAUAGGACAGACUGUCAGUAGUGAAACCCGUAAUCCUACCAUUGUGACACUUGCUAAGCAAUUCAAAUAUUUCCAGCACGCUGCCACAUCUAAGCAGAAAAAAAGAAAACCAAUAACUCACCAAAUUGCCAAAAAGUCAACAACACAAAGACUAGUAAGUGAAAGAUCAGAAGUAGUUUCUGAAUCUCGUGUCUGUGAGACAAAGCUGGAAAAAGGUAAAAUUAAAUCCAAGCAGCAAAAUGUAUUGAAAAUAAAGAUGAUUCGUAGGAGAACGUUUAGCAGAAGUCCAGGUAAUGGUUCAUCUUUCAAGAGUUCAUUAGACAACAUGUUUUCAGCUGCAUCAGCAAAGCCAACUAAGCUAAGCAAAAACAAUGAUCCUGGUGAAAGAGAAGACAAUGAAACGAUUUCUAACAGCUUUUCAAAUGAAGAAAGCGAUUCAGUUUUAGACAUAGGUUCGCCAAGUGAUGAAAAGUGCGAUGCUGUGUCAUUUAACUCUCAAAAGAUAAGUGACCAAGUUCAAGACUCUGUAGCAUAUUCAAGGAUGGAUAGAAAAGAAAAGUUGAACAAACUUUUUCCAGCCCAGAGCAAAAAGCAGACUGACAAGUCAUCUACUCUUUCCUGUCAGAAUUCAAAAAGCAAAAAAAGAACCACGAUUACUACCAAAAUUGCAUUAAGAAAACCCUUAGUUUCUAAGGAAACAAGCUCAUUAGUUAAUCCUGCAAUGCCAACAAAUUCUCUAGCCCUUCCUUUACAAGCAGAGAAACAAAAGAAUCUACCAUCACCUGAGCACCCCAAAUACCUUGAAAAAAGUCCUCCAUCAAGUAAAAGUAAUGCCUCUUCAACUGUCAAAAGAAAGUCUUCAGAUGGCUCAGAAAAGCUGCUUUCUGAUCAACCCAAAGUCUUCUCUACUAGCCACAAUGUAGCACAACAAAAAGACACUAAAAAACAAGGUGCAUGGCAACAAGAUAAGAUGCUUGUGAAGAAAACCCAUUAUCAGCAUGGUGCUAGCAAAUUAUCUAACAACAUUGGUACAGAGGAUCAAGACUCCCAAGAACGUUACAUCAAACAUCCAGUCAGCUCAUCGUCUGCUUAUUCUUCAACUUUUAGUGAAAUGGAGUUGUGGGUGUCCCUUGUGUCUCUGGAGACUGCAGCUCGUCCUUUUGAUUGCUCUACUUGCAUGCAAGCGUUUCACAAGGCUCUUACCUGCCCAAAAGCCUUCAGACGGCUUUCCAGAGACAAACCAUUCAAGUGUCUUCACUGUCCAGCAAGGUUUGUGUUUGAGGACCACUUGAAAAAGCACCAAGAUGACCAAGCCUGCUCUGACACCAAACCAGCAUGUUUUACAGAUGUUCUUCCAGUUUCAGAGACAUUCAGACAAGAAUGUGCCCCAGACUCUUCUAACAUUAACAUCGACAGUAAAAUCAUGGAUUCUCCCAUGUCAAUGCAAUUUUCGCCACAGGUCAGAGUCAUCAGACUUGCUGAAGAAAACAAAGAGUCCUCUUUAUCCAAAAUGACAUGCAAAGAAUGUGGCAAAAUUUUCAAGCAAGCAGGUGGAUUGGGUAGACACAGGUUGACACAUAAUUGCAGAAAAAACAAGCACCGAUUUUUUGCACUUUAUGUGACAGGAAAUUUCUCCACAGCAAUAGUUUAAAGAGGCACAUGUACAUUAGUCACGGCCAUAAGUUUGAACCCAGUAUGCUGAAAGGGAAAAGUAAACCUUUUCAAAGUGAUUUGUGCAGCAGUAAAUUUUCAUCAAAGACAGACCUCAUUGGACACAAAAGCAAAAAUCAUUCUGGAUAUCAGAGAGCAGGAGCGUACAAAUGUGGAAUGUGUUUCUCGAGAUUUUCUGAGCUGAAGAGUAAACUGACACACAUCAGGUUUUGCCACACAGAAUGUAUUCAAUCAGAAAAAGGAAAUACUUUUAAGUGCAGGGUGUGCAAUAUAGUCUUCAUGCACUGGAAUGGCAUGUGGCAGCACAUCUGCUCUGGGAAGAAUAUUGCCAGGCAAAAAGAUAAAUCAGCUGUGGUUGAAAAUGACAGUCCCAAAUCUGGAAACCACCUUCCUCAAGAAGAACAGGACGACCAAACUGAAGAAAUAAAUAAAUCAAAGGCUGUUGAGGGAAAGCAUUUCAAGUGUGAUCAUUGUGACAAAAGUUACCCAUAUCACCACUUUCUACAAAGACAUGUCAUCAUGUGUCACAUGAAAAAACUUCCAAGCAAGACAAAACUUAUUCCAGGACACUCAACAGACAGUUCAAAGAUAUUCAAGUGCCCACUGUGUCUUAAGGAGUACUUCCACUAUUCAUCCCUUAAAAAACACAUACACACAUUUCACAAGCGAUUAAAGCAAAACCAGAAACAGCUGCAGGAUGGAGAGGGUGCAUCACAGGAUUUGCAUUGCAGUAAGUGUAAUAGAGACUUUUUGCACCAGUCUAACUUAGCAAAACACAUGAAGCAGUUUCAUUUCAGAUCUCCAAAAACAAAGCAAAAAUUAUUCAGAUGUAAGCUGUGCAAAAAGCAGUAUGGUCAAAGAUACACCCUUUACAAACACACUCGUGUGUGUCACCCAAACAACUCUAUAUUCAGUUGCGAAACAUGUGGAGCAGGAUUUCAGUAUGCAAAAGAUUGGUUUACUCAUAAUCAAAGUUGUCUGGUACAGAGAGAGGAAGGCAGCCCCUUACAAAUGUCACAGGUGUGAUAAGAGCUUUACUAUGGCAAGGGAGUGGACAAAGCACAUGCAGACACACUAUGAUGAUAGUGGUGAUGAUAACAGUGAUGAUAAAAGUCUGCACCAUUCCACUAGCAUGGAAGAAGGCCCAGGUAUUCAAAGCAGUGCAUCAGCAACAUCAAAGCCCCAAGACGAUGCAGUGGAGUGCAGCUUUUGCUUGAAGUUAUUCAAGGCCAGUUAUGUUGCUGUUCACAUCAAAAGAUUUCACAACCAGUCUUUUCGGUACAAGUGUGACAAGUGCAGUAAAGGUUUUUUUGUUGCUAGAGAGUGGAUGGCUCACAUGGAAAGGCACAAGAAUGAAAUGGAAAGGGGCAGCACAAACAGUGAGAGACAAGAGAUGUCUGAAGAGCUUCCAACUGUUUCAAAAAUCACAAAAGAUGUUUCUGACGCCUCCUCUUGCACUAGUCAGGUGAGGUGCAAAGUAUGUAAGCUGUUGUUUAAAGCCAAGUUUAUCUCAAAGCAUGAGAGGUUAUGUCUUGCCCAUUGUUACAAAUGUGAGCUUUGUGGGGAAUGUUUUCACCGUGUUCCCGAGUUAAACAAGCACUUAGAAUCUCAUACCAAUAUUGUCAAAGUGGAGCCUAGUGAGACUACUGAAGGUUUUAGCAAAGAUAAUACAGCAGCCAAUAACUCAAUCGAAGGUCAUAAUCAAGGUUGCAUAGUGGACACAUGUGCAGAAGAUAUGUCACCACCACCAACAUGCAGACUGUUGGAAGAUCAGGGUAAAACACUUCCUGGAGAUCCAUCAGAUUGUUCUACUUCAAAAUACCAGCAGUCCCCCACUAGUCUUCACAUAGACCAAAAAACUGAGACAUUGGGAACACCAAGCACUUCCAGGGGGCAACACAUUACGAGAGAUAUUCAUGAGAUAUCGGAAUUGGUAACUCAGAUUAUUUCAUCAGACAUGCAGUCAAAGGGAAUGCCAAGCUUUUCAAAAUCCUCUGAUCCUUUUGGAGAAAUGAGCAGCAGGUGGAUCACUGGUGCUGAUCCUUUGGUAUCUUCUACAGAAGGACAAGAAACAUGUGAUCUUCACAUUCUUGGAAAGCCAAUUAUUGCAGCAGAUUUUAUAGUAGGUAAAAUAUCCAAUAGCUCUGAAGGCACGGUGUCUUCAAAUGAUAGACAUUUUCUGCAAGAAAUACAAGACCUUGCAAGCUUACCUUUGACAGAUGAUCCUCAGAUUUCAGGUGAUCUGCAGUUUUUAAGCUUGCCUGUGUCAGGAGAAUUUGAAGAAUCUGAAAACAUUCAUCUCUCGAGUAAUGCAGAGGUCCUUGGAGUAUCAGAUGUUGUAGAAGAUUCAGUGUCUUUAGAGGAUAUGCAUACAAUGGAUUCACCAAUAUCAGGGGAUUUGCCAUCAGCACUAGACUUGGAUUCGUCACUAGAAAUAUAGCAUGAAACUAGGGAUACAUUUUUCUGUUUUCUGGGGUUUUUUUUUUCAUAAUCAUCAUGGUCUUUGGUUUUCAAAUUUAGAUUCAUGGAAAUGUAAAUGACAUUUUUUACAAAUGAGAACUGAAGCUUUUCAUUAUGGGAAGUAAAAGUGAUUUUCCUGACUGACUGAACACAGUUCUAGCUUUUUAGAAGGGUAUUAUUUGUAACAAAAUCUUAAACAUAAAAAAACUUUGAUAGAAAUAAAUUGGUAAUUCUGAGCUAAAAUUGUCAGCUGAAACAUUUAGCUUGGAAUCAUUAGUGAACAGAAAAAUAUUUGUGCUAAACCAGCACAUCUUUCAAAACUUACUAAAGCUGAGAUGUUCCAUUGUAUGUCAUGCUGAAGGAAAGGGCAAAUGUGAUUUUAUUCUGAGCAGGAAAGUAGUAAGACCAUGUCACUUAUAAACAGGUAAAUAUAGACAUAAAUGUAAAAGUUAUGUAAACUGUAAUAAGUCAACAGUCAAAGGAUCUAGUGAGAAGAUGAAAUAACUAUUUUUUUUUCAUAUUAAUAUUACUUUAUUGUAAACUAUGUACAUGAUUAUAGCAGAAAUUACCAAUGAUAGUUGGAAAAUUUUUUAUCUGUGCUUUCAUCCAAGGAAUGAUGCAUGAUGUUUCAUAAAUAGCAUUAAUUAUUUUUUGUGUAUGGAAAACAUAAAGGAGAUAACAAGAUAUGCAAGAACAGGUAAAAGGUAUAUGACAGAUUUCUUUUGUUUUUGUCAUUGUGCAUUAACAUUCUUGGCAAUAACCCUGAGCAUUAAUGUCAAAAAAAAAACUCACUCCAUGCCUUCUUUGGGUUUGGAAGUUUCUAUAGAAAUAUCUACCCUUAAGCAUCACUAAGGGUAACCUGACCUGAUAUAAUACUCAGGGUUAACACCAAGUUGGUACACCUUACUGGCAUCUUUCUCCUUUCAAGUCUACAACACUAAUUUGCUUUCUGUCAAAAUACACUGGUGUUUUGUCUUAAGGAGCGUGCAAAGCAUGCUUGUCCUAGAAUUUGAAAAAUAUAUUUCUCCAUUGAUAUGUGAAAAUAAUUUCCAGCAUUGAUCUGUAAGCUAACCAGAGUUUAUCCCUUUUUACUUAUGCUAAGGUUCUAUAACCGUAACAAAUCUGUACAUCAGACGGUUUUCUGUUAAAAUUCUGUUAUUUUCUUGAGUUGAAUGUAUGCAAAACAUUUUAUAUUAGAAAACAUUUUGAGUGGAUGAAGGGAAGGGUAUCACUUGUAUAUUGCAGGUUUAUGUAAAUAUUUACACUUCAUUGCAGUGUAUUUUAUUUGGAUUGGUUUAAAGAAUGUUAAGAGUAUGAAGUUUUUAAAUGUCAGAUGUUUUAUCAUGUAAUAAAAUCGUAUCCUUUAUGCAA